AUGAAUUCAAUAAAUAAUAACAACAAUAAUAACUAUAUAACAUCUAAGAAUAUAAAAGAUGUUAAUAGAAGAUCAAUUAGUUAUGAAUAUCAACGUAUAAAACCACCUCUACCAAUAUCGAUUUCAACUACAUCUUCAUCUUCAAGUACUAAUACAACUAUAAAUUCAAGAAAUAACUCAAAAGAUAAUUUAACAUUACAACAACCUAGAGUCACAUCAGAUUCAAUAAUGUAUAAUAAUAGCAUAUCAAAAGAUGAUUUUAAAUUUGUUAGUCCUGUAAUAGAAUCUCCAACUCAAAGUUUAAAUUCAAAUGCCGUGAAUUCAAUAAUUUCAAAUUAUAAUUAUUCAAAAAGUUCAGUAGAUUUACAAAAAACACAAUCAUCAUCACAACAACAACAACAGCAACAGCCACCCGCUCCACCUCCUAUAGAUUAUUCACACAAUCGACAAAACUCCGAAUCAUCAACUGUUUCUGGUUCUUCAAUUGAACAGCAAAAUAAGGAUAAAAGAUUUGUGCGGUAUGCUAUGGGAUCAAAUAAUCAUCUGAGUAAAUGGAAUAUAAAUAACGUUUUGAAAUGGUUAGAUAAACAUAAUUUUAAUAAUUCAUGGAAGGAAACUUUUCGAAGGAAUGAGAUUUCAGGUAAUAGAUUUUUAGAAUUGGAAAAUUUUGAAAAAGAUUCAAUAAUAUGGCAGCAAUUUUCAAAAUAUUUAGAUUGUAAUGAUGCAUUGAAUUCAAUAGAUAGGUUUAUAGAAUUAUUGAGAAAUGAGGAUAAAGAUAAAGAACCAAAAGAAGAAACUCGAAGGCAUCAUAAAUCAACUUCUUCAAUUAGUAGUUCUGAAGUAUCACCAUCAUUUUUUAAAAAACAUAAAGAUCAAAUGAAAAAUGAAUAUAGAAAAAGUGGUAUAUUAAAUACAAUUAGAAAGUAUGGUGGUGAUAAAAUUAAAUCAAAAGGUAACAGAAAUUCAGCAUUGGAAAUACCUUCAUUUGAACCAUUGGAAUUGCAACCUCAACAAAUUCAACAAUCACCCAUAUCUCCAACUUUUUCAAUUGAAUCUUUAUCUAUUGAUGAAAAAUAUUUACCUAAACAACAAGGAAAUGAUCAAAUGAUAUUAGUUACAAAGGAAAAUAGAACAUUCACUCCAAUAAAAGUAGACUUUUCAAAUAUAAAAUCAAGUAUUAUUAAUCAAUUAGGUCUUAUUGAAAUAGGAACUAUUACAUUCCAUUUAACUGAUUUUAAUUCAAAAGAAGGUGAAGCAUUACCCGAUGAAAUUUUAUUUAAAUUAGUCAAACAGGGUAUAAAAUUAUUAGUUAAACAAGAAUUAAGAUCACCUCAAGGUACAAACAUUUCAACAACUUCAUCAGACUCUAAAUCUUUUGAUGAAGGUAGUCAGAAAACAUAUCCUGCAACUCCUCAAUAUCUAUUACAAAAUAAAAAUGAUCCAAAAGUUGAUUAUUGGAAUUUUAAAGAAUUAUCAAGAAUUAAUGAAAAGAAAAAUUUACCACUUCGAGAUUCAAAACCAUUUCCAUUAAAAUUACCAAAUAAAGAAAAACCACCAUUACAAGUUAAACCUUCAUUUAGAGUUUUACGGAAAAAUGAAAUUGAUUUUGAUGAAAGAAGAAGAAAAUCUUCAAAUGAAAAUCAUCCAACAUUAAUUAACAAUAUUUAUUCAAGUUCAGUUUCAGAUUUAAAAAAAUCUCCAAUUAGUGCAUCAACAAUUAUAAAUGAUACAAAAAAAAGUUUAAAAGCAAAACGUGCAGCCCCACCACCACCGAUAAAGAGAAAAGAAACAGAAGAUGAAUUUUUUAUGAAACGUACAAUUACUCCAAGAAUUGAACAAGAUGAAUAUUUUAUGAAACCAGCUAGUAGUACUCCUAAAUUUGAAGAAGAUGAAUUUUUCAUGAAACCUAUGAAAUCGGUUAAAAUGAAUGUUCGACCUCCAAUUGAGGAAGUCUAUAAUAAUCUUGAGAAGUAUUUUCCUCAUACAGAUUUGGAUCAACCAAUUAUAGAUGAUUCAAAAAUUUCAAGAACUUUUUCAAAUGCAAAUGAAUAUACACCAGUUAAAAGAAUGAAAACAAUUAGAGGAGUUGCAAAUGAAGCUAAAAGAAAAGUAUCAUUAUCUAGAUCUAAUACGACGAAAAUGUGGGGUCAAAAAGUUACAGAAGUUACGUCAAUUGAUAGAUUUAUAAGCAAAACUUGUAAUAAAACUGGUAAUUUUCAAGAAUUUGCAUGGAUUAAAGGAGAAUUAAUUGGAAGAGGAUCAUUUGGAGAAGUAUAUUUAGGUUUUAAUGUUACAACAGGUGAAAUGUUGGCUGUUAAACAAUGUAAAUAUAAUUCAAUUGGAUUAGAUGUUUUAAUUAAAGAAGUUGAAACAAUGAAAGAUUUAGAUCAUUUAAAUAUAGUACAAUAUUUAGGAUAUCAACAAACAAAAACAACGUAUUCUUUAUUUUUAGAAUAUGUAGCUGGUGGAUCAAUUGCUAGUUGUUUAUUAAGUUAUGGGAAAUUUGAUCUGGAAUUAAUUCAAUAUCUUACAAAACAAGUAUUAAAAGGGUUAAAUUAUCUACAUAAAAAUAAUAUUAUUCAUCGAGAUUUAAAAGCGGAUAAUUUAUUAUUAGAAUUAGAUGGAAUUUGUAAAAUUGGAGAUUUUGGUAUUUCUAAAAAGACAAUUAAUGUAGAUGGACCUUAUCAAAAUGAAAAUGGAUCAAUUCAAGGUACAAUAUUUUGGAUGGCACCAGAAGUUAUACAAAAUCAAGAUGGAUAUUCAGCAAAAAUAGAUAUAUGGUCAUUAGGUUGUGUUGUAUUAGAAAUGUUUAACGGUAAAAGACCAUGGGAUAAUACUGGAGCAAUGCAAGCUAUUUAUAAUAUAGGUAGAAUGAAGAGUCAUCCACCUAUAAAUCCAGAAAUUGAAGAAUGUGCUAAAAAUUUUAUAAAGAAAUGCUUUACGUUAGAUCCAAAUUAUAGACCAACAGCAGCAGAACUUUUAGAAGAUGAAUUUAUGAAACCAAAGAAUGAAUUUAAUUUCAACUUACAUCCAUUGUAUAAAAUAAUAAAUAAGAGUUGA